CACCACCUCUGUUCCAGAACCAAUUAGACUCCGAAAUCACAAUUCCAUAAACAAACACAACCCCCUUCAAACCCUAAUUUUUCCCCCAAAUUCAAACCAAUGCAGAACCCAAUCACUCGCAGUUUCAGCAACCUUUGGAGAGUUGCAUCAACAGCUGCUGCAACAAGGUCCACUGUAAACCAUCAAUGGCGGCCGUACAGUCUCAUACCGAUGGUAAUCGAGCACUCGUCUCGUGGAGAGCGAGCCUACGACAUCUUCUCUCGACUCCUCAAAGAACGAAUUGUUGUUAUCAACGGUCCGAUUUCCGAUGACACAUCACACGUUGUGGUUGCUCAGCUUCUGUUUCUGGAAUCGGAGAAUCCUUCGAAGCCUAUUAACAUGUAUCUUAAUUCUCCUGGUGGAGCGGUUACUGCAGGUCUUGCGAUAUACGAUACAAUGCAAUACAUUCGUUCUCCAAUCAACACAAUAUGUUUAGGUCAAGCCGCAUCAAUGGCUUCUCUGCUAUUGGCGGCUGGUGCCAAGGGUGAACGGCGGUCUCUUCCGAACGCAACCAUCAUGAUCCACCAACCGUCAGGCGGAUAUAGCGGGCAGGCUAAAGACAUGACUAUUCACACAAAACAGAUUAUUCGGAUGUGGGAUUCGUUGAAUGCGUUGUAUGCAAAGCAUACCGGACAGCCUGUCGAUGUAAUUCAGAAGAACAUGGAUAGAGACUAUUUUAUGACCCCACAAGAGGCUAAAGAGUUUGGUAUCAUUGAUGAAGUCAUAGAUGAGAGACCGUUGACUUUGGUCACCGAUGCUGUCGGGAAAGGUUCAGAGUGAAACCCGAGCGAAUUGAAGGCGUAAAAACUAAAAAGCAGAUUUCUGGGUUGUUUUUUUUUUAUUUAUUUGUAACGGUUACUGGUAAAAUAAAUGGGGAAUUAAGGUGUUUUGCUUCCUUUACUGGUAUUGUUUUAUGGUUUGCAUGAUUAUUAUGGUUGACACUUAA